GCCGUGAUGCGGUCCGGGCAUUAGGAGUUGCAGAAGUAGCGGAUUUAAAAACUUUCUCCCUGCAAGUGUGUUGGUGGAAAUAUAGCGCUUCAUGAAGACUCCCUGAUUUUCCAAAAGGGGGAAAAUAUGGCUUUUUAAGCAGCGAACCGUCCUCCUCUCCGACAGAAAGCCUCCGCGUGCUUUGCUCCUGCAACGCACUGUUUUUUUCUCCCAAGACUAUUUCCGAAACUAUGGGGUCUCCAGGUGUCUCCUCACUUCUGGCAUCCACGCAGCGCACGGCUUGUGCUUUUCAACAAUCCGAUCGGAGCAGACGACACGAUGGCGGCAUCGAUCCUUCGCAGGAAAAUUCCUCCCAUUUCCACGGGCGAGCUCGGCGCUCCCCCUCUCCGACAGGCUAGCCGCAGCCAAUCACGGCCCGGGACGGGGGCGGAGCCAGUGGAGAGGCAGCACUUAAUUGGUGAUGGUCACUCUGAUUGGAUGACGGAAAAAGUUGAUCUGUCCUCAUUUGUGUCGACGACCGAGUCCUCUCCAAGCUCAUCUCUUCCCCCCUCGCCGUUAGAACAGGAUGUCAAGGUGCCCUCGGAUCUGGAGGUCAUGACCUCUCUACUGCAGGAGGAGCUGGCUCAGCUGGAGGACUACUUCCGCUCCGAGUCCACAUCGACCACAAACAAGUUGGAGAAAUCUUCAAAAUGUGACAAGGGCGCCCAAGCCAUGGGCUCCCAGUCUUAUUACCAGUUACCCUAUGGCUCGUAUGGGACCAGCCAAUCAGAAACCAGCCCCGUGGUUGUUACCUUGGCAACAGGGGAGCUGGACCUGGCCAGCUUCUGUGGCGGUCCCAUCAGCAGAACCAAAAUCGCGCGACCCGCGCCGUACAACUACCACCACCGCUACCACCACCACAACAACGGCCGCCGGCUGAUCGGCGAGGCCAUGAAAGUCGGGGACGAAGUUGGACUUGAUACGUGGGGCUCCAGGGGAUGUUACUCAGGAAGCACAGAGCUGUCUGUGAACCACUACUCCACGCUGAAGACGGUCAGCAAGAACAGCCUGGGCAGCGUCAAGAAGGUGAGAGAAUGUGCUUUAUCGUUGAAGGAAGAGGAGAGCUACUGUUUUUCCGAGGGAAUGUUUUGCAGCGAAGAGAUUGCUCGGGGGUUUUGUCUGGGUGGCUCGUACGACGGCCACCACAAGCGCGAGGGACAGUUGAUGCACAACGUGAAGGUCAACGUAAGUUACGACAGCACGGGGCUGGAGGUCCUGCACUGCGGCAAGGACGCCGGACUUUCUGGGAGUAUCCCCCAAGAGACAAUGGUGGCCGGCGACGGCUACUUCCACCAGUCCAUGGCCGGCACGGAGCCUUACCAUAGCUUUAUAGGAGACCUCGACCAGCCGUCACAAGCACAGGCUGUAGAGCCCCAACACGGCCACUACCUCUAUCCGGAAUGCCUUGCAGACCAAAGCUACGAAUGUCUGUCCCGAGGGGAGGGCGAGGGGGGCCCGCUGCUGGGGGCCCCCAUCCACCGCCCCACGCAGCGGCUAAAGGACGAGCCCUGCUCGGUCAAGCAGUCCCUGGUGAUGGGCGGCGCCUCUCUGGAGGGCAACAACGGAGAGAGGAAGCAGAAGAAGAGAGACCAGAACAAAACUGCUGCUCACAGGUACAGGCUGCGUAAGAGGGCGGAGCUGGACUCUCUGGAGGAGGAGCUGCACGGCCUGGAGGGGCAGAACCGGGAGCUUCGUGACAAGGCGGAGUCGGUGGAGCGGGAGAUCCAGUACGUCAAAGAUUUACUGAUCGAGGUCUACAAGGCUCGCAGUCAGCGGCUCAAACAGGAUGGCAGUGCCUAAAGAUUAACACACACACACACACACACACACACACACACACUGACACACACACGCUCCCACGCCGAUCUCACCUCCAAAAUCCUCCCAGCCAGCACCGAGAGAAACGAAACCAUCCAGAGAAACAACCACUGGGGUUUUUCCCCUUUUUCUUGUUUUUGUUUUUUUUGUCUCACAACAAAUUUGACUAUGAUAGUUGCAUGAUUUUUUUUUUGGGGUAGUUUUUUUUUUCCUAAGAAAAAACCAACAAAAAAAUGUGAUUGAUCCCUGAGGACGAGCCAACACAACUAAAAAGACUCUUUUUUUGUUUUGUUUUUUCCCUGAAAAGCAAAGAAAGAGGAAACAAACUCUAAACCAAGCCUUAGCGAGGAGAAGCCGAACUUUGUCCGUGACCACUGUGAUCCGAACUGCACUCACAGCCUUGUGAAGACCGAGUUUGCCGCUUGCAACGACUGACCGUUUACACACACACACACACACUUGCACGCACACACACACACACACACAGCUCUUUGGACUCAAGUCGUAGUGAUUGAUCUGCUUGUGUUUUCUGUUUCCGUUUUGACGCUUCGGCAGCGUCGGGGCGCGCGAUCCAUACAAAAUCUAUUUUAUUUGAAUAUUAUAUUAUUUUUGCUGCACAUUUAUGGGUUUUUUUGUUUGUUUUUGCUUCGAGAAAGAGACGACCGAAUAAAAGGGAAUUCUUGAAAAAAAGGAAAAAAAAAAGAGAAAAGAUCUGUGUGUAAGAUGCUCUGCAAAUAUUCAUUCUGAGAAGCAGUUAGAGAAUUUGUAUUGCUUUUAAAAAAAAAAAGAAAAAGAAAAAAAAAAAAAGAAAUGUGAGUAUUUACACCCCCGCCCCCCCCACUCCCCGACUGAAAUACCCGAUGCAUGUUUGAUUUUGGAUUUAAAGAAAAAGAAGAAAAAGAAAAAAAAAAGCAUGUGCGAGUGUCGUUUGAAGGCAAUAUUCUGUUAAACUGCAUGGCUUCAAGAUCUUCACCGCGUCAAUCCAACCUCCAUCCGCCGCCAGUUUCCCUCCUGCCCGCUCGGAUCCAUGCUCAGGUUCUUUUCUUUCUUCAGAAACAUCCACUUGCUUUGGGUUUCUUUUUAAUUCCCUCCCCUCCCUUUCCUUUUCCUCUCUGUUUUUUCUCUCUUUCUUUCUUUCUCUCUUUCUUUCUUUCUUUCUUUCCUCUCUCGGCUGUAUUUUGCGAACAAACAAUCACCUGUUGACGCAACAAUAAAUGGUUGUUGGGUACGACUUCGUGGGGAUUUUGUGUUCAAUUGAUCGAUCUGAUGUGUCUGAUGAAAGAGAAGAUUU